UGCUUUUGACUUUUGCUUUGGCUUAAGUUUUGGUAGUACUCUGGAUUCUGUUAUGAGUUAGUGUUCACUGUUCUUUCUUCCCUGAACGGACGCCGUGAAGCCGUGUUCACUGUUCUUCUUCCCUUCGUUCAUCCUUGUGUUCGUGUGAAGGCGUUUUCUUCCUUGUGUUUGUCGUUCAGCCGUGUUCCCUUUGUGCUCGCGUCCAAUAGCCCUCUUUUUUCAUUUCUGUUCGCUGGGAAAUUCGAUUUUUAUAACCCUAAUUGUUAGGAUUUGGGGAAAUUUUGGAACCCUAAUUUGAUUGUUGGUGUCUCUAUUUCUUUAGUUUGUUAGAUAACAUGUGAUGGUUAUUUCGUUUUGAUUCAUCCCUAUUAUUCUUUCACUCCUCCACAUCAAUCUUGAUGAAUUCAACAACUGUGUAUUUUGCUGCAAAAUCUUUACCAAUUCAAUAAAUUGAGGGAAUGGUUCUGGACCUGAUUUGCUUACUGGAACGUUGUGGUGCUGUUUUAGACAGUGAAUUUGGGACUUCCUUGUUGCUCUUGAAGGAUUUGGUUGAAGUAGCACCUUUAUUCUCCUUGGCUUUUAGCUGGACGUUGCUUGUAAACAAGGUGAAAGAAGGUGAAAAAUUGUGAAACGGGAUGAACAUAUCUGAAAGAAGAGGAAAUGCCCAAAAAGUCUAACUAGAUUUUCAACAUCCUAUAUCUUACUGGUACAAGAACUUCUCCUAUAUAAAUAAAGGUGUGUAUUUCCAUAAUCCCUGUAUCCUCUAGAUCUUUCCCUUUGCUUUCUUAGCCAUCAUCAUCUAUUGUCAUGUGACUGAUGACUACAUCUGAUACAUAAGAUACUAUACAGAGAUUUUCAUCACCUUCAGGCUUCACUAAUGUACACUCCAAAAUCGCUUUGACAAAAAACAAAACAUCUCCUAUUCCAUCAUUCUAAAGUUGUCUUCUGUUUCUGGCCCCCCACAACUCUUCUUACUCAUACUCACUCACUGUGUGUGAAAUUGCGUGAACUAGUGAACUUGCAAAUUGCACACCCUCUUGAACCAGUGACUUUCUUAUUUUCAUUUGGUUAUUAUUUAUUUGCCCUGGAAAUGGAAGCUUUUGAUUGGGACUGUGGCAUCCUUGGAGAUGCUCCUAAGAGAAUCAGUGAUGGUUUUGAAGUAAACAAUGGUGUAAAUGGAAGUGGGUAUGGUUCACCUCUCUCUCUGGUUUUGGAUAGAGAGAGAGGGGAGCUUGUGGAGGCCCCUGCCAAAUUGGAACGGAAGGGUGUGUCCAAUGAGAGAAGCAUUGAUGCUUUGAAGAACCAUAGCGAGGCAGAGAGAAGGAGGAGAGCGAGGAUCAAUGCACAUCUUGAUACUCUUCGCAAUGUGAUCCCAGGUGCUAUGAAGAUGGACAAAGCAUCAUUACUUGGUGAGGUUCUUAGACAUUUGAAAGAUCUGAAAAGGAAUGCAGCACAAGAUUGUGAAGGUUUAAUGAUACCAAAGGACAAUGAUGAAAUCAAUGUUGAAGAACAGGAGGGUGGGUUGAAUGGUUUUCCUUAUUCAAUUAGAGCAUCACUAUGUUGUGAAUAUAAACCAGGGUUAUUGUCUAAUAUAAGACAAGAACUAGAUUCUCUUCAUCUUAUGAUAAUCAAGGCAGAUAUUGCAACUCUGGGAAGCAGGAUGAAGAAUGUGCUUGUGAUUAUUAGCUGCGAAGAACGGAACUUUGAAGAUGCUGAGUACCGUCAGUUUCUCGCGGGCUCUGUUCACCAAGCUCUGAGGUCUGUACUCAAUAGAUUUUGUGUUUCACAGGAGGUCUUAGGAACCAAAAAAAGAAGGAGAAUUUCUAUAUUCAGUUCAUCAUCUUUAGAAGAUUUCUUAUAAGCACCCUUCUCAAGUAAUUUGAAUGUGGUGAGGAAGUGAGUGAUAAAUGUAAUUUCUUGUACCAUGUAAACUCAUGUGUACACACUGAAGUGUUGUGCUUCUACUCUUUCCACUUUGGAUAUGUACUCUUCUGAUAAAUCACAUGAAAAGAAAGCAGGCAUCUUAUUUUGGUUCUUUGAA